AUGCCCUGCCACGUCCUCACUCCCGCUCGGCUCGCAGAGAUGCUUACGCCUGAGCGUAUUGCGAGCUUAGACCCGCCGCUCCCUGAUGAAAAUUACGAACCAAUCCUUCCCCCGGAUCCGCUCCCCAAACGAGUGUACCAUCAAGAUGGCUCAGACGAGUUAUCCAUCCAGGAGGCGAUGGACAUGAUGGGCGGCCUCACCGGCGAAUUCAUGUAUCUGAUGCGGAUCGUUCGAUGCACAGCGAGAGAGUACACAGAUUUCAACAUUCCGUACCGCAGACAGGGAGCAGACGUGCUCCGACGAAUCAAAAAGGAGGUUCUGGAUCGUGCUCCAAAUUUCUACAACUUCGAGGACGCAUGGCCGAUCACCGCGUACCUCCGCUGUGCGAUGAAAGGGCACCGUCGCACCGACGCAAGGACGCCACUGCCUCCCCCGAUGCGCAGCGUAGCGCCCACUCCCUCUAGCAACAGAGUGGCGACCCCGACUAACCAUGCAUUCGUCAUGAUAGCAAAGCGAGGCACGUCAACUGUGUCGGGCAGCCACGACUGGCGUGGAUCAGAAGCGUCAGUCGAAUACAGCAGCAAAGACGACAAGGACGAUGACUACAGCGGGGAGGAGCAUGCAGAAUGGGAGGAUAUCCUAGAACCGCUUCGGGACGAUAGCUUCACGGCAUCGGCAGUCGGCAGCUGUGGCCCAACCUCCUCAGGAGGCUCCAUACCGCCCACGUCCCCCUCCAUCACGCACGCCAGCACCCAAUCUCCCUCCCCCCUCCCCUCGUCCAGGCACUUCCGAGCCGCAUCCACGCACACCCUCGAAACCGUCUCGCGCGCUCCCUCAGCCCACUCCCGCGCCUCCAGUACCCCCCAGGAUAUCGUCGCGCGCCUCGUCGCGUCCGCGCUGCCCCGCGCCGACGCGGAGCACCUCGCGGGCGUGCUCGCGUCGCUGGGCGUCACGAACGCGGCGUACCUGCGCGUGUUCGGGAAGAUGCGCACGCGCGACGCGUGGCUGGAGGAGCUGCGCGUCGUGGGGCGCCUGACGGAGAUCCAGGCGCGGGUGGUGCGCUGUAUACCGAGGGACACGCCGUCACCGCCGACCCAAAUGGGCUUCAUCAGCUCAGGUUCUAGAGGUUCCCCAAAGAAGCUCGGUAUUGUCAGGGCUGGCGAUAUUUCACUUUAUAUGACUCAAGUCUCCUUUCGAUACCUCUCAGGGCAUUUCGACGACGUAUUGGGAGUCCUCGUUGGUACAUCGGAGCGUACUAAGCCGGUUCCCGUACCGAGAGCUCUACCCGCCGCGGUGCACUACACGGCGCGCACGGGCUACAAGACGCUGCAAGAGCAGAUGCGCCUCCAACACGACGGUGAGACGUUCCGAAAGAUAGUGAAAUUGAUACGGCGUACCGCGGCACGACACGUCGACCUCGAGCUGCGCUAUUGCCGGCAGGAUCCACAAAUGUUGAAGAAAAUCAUGCACGAGGUACUCGACAAAUGCCCUCUUCUGGGGGAGGUAUACGUCGACGCAUGGCCAAUUACCUCGUAUCUAAGGAUCGCCCUCAAGUACCACCAAAGCCCCGAAACCCGUCUGCGAAUACAGCAGCAGCAGCACAAGAACGAGCUUCUCAAAAAGAACACCAAGUCCCCCCUUGCUUCGUUCGCAUAUGUCGCCGUGCUGUCCCGGCGGAAAGGGACACAGAAGACUCACGAUACGGCGAAGGAGGUUAGCGGUAAGGCCUCCGGAUUCAAGUUCCACGCGCCGACUACUAGCGUCAGGCGUGCCACUGGUCACGCUCGCAGUCCGUCUGAAGAGGCUGUUAGAGAGAUAUUGGAUCUGUCGGACGACGGUUACGAGAGCGACGACGACCAUGCAAGCCCCUUCCCUUGCGGCUCGUCGGGUGAUAUCUACUCGGAAACAUACCACAUCGGCUCCGAGACUGCUCAUUCGGCCGCCGUCGAGGGCUCUCCUCAAGACAACGAUUAUCUGAAGAGCGAAAGCGACGAUCACUCGGAGUACUUGAACUACUGCAUCCAGGACCGGGAGCGUCCAUCCAGUCCAUCUAGCAUCGUGCACCCGGAGCACCCGAGGCUUGACACGACUCACACAACACGCCCCACGCCCGAUACCACUGGCAACAACCGGUCUCAUGCAGGAUUCCCUUCGGGCCAUCCUUUCGCAAUCAGGGACAUGCUUAUUGCGCGCGGCCUGCCCGUCGCAGACGCGCAGCGCGUCGCGCUCCUCCUGUCGUCUUUGGGAAUCGUUGACAUGGCAGGCCUGCGAGUGUUCUCGCGUCUCACGGUCUGCGACACUUGGAUAUCGGAGAUGCGCGAGAAGGAGAGCUUGAGCGAGAUAGAGGCUCGGGUAAUUCGCGAUGUACUUGACACUGUCCGGGAAACGGCGUGA